CUGCAAACCGCAUGUAUUCUGUUCUCACCAAUUACCACUACUAUGUCUUUAUUUCUAAGAGUUCACACAACGAUUACUUUCCGUAUAUAUUUUAUAUUAUCCACUGUUAUUGAAUAUUCAAUUCUCUACACCCCUGAGAUAUUGUAAAUGAAAGAAACAACCCUACAAUGAUGAGUAUUUUAAGCCACUUAAAUCUAUCCCACCAAUCAUAAGAGAGUAAUUUUUACUUUUAUAUUGUUUUUUGUUUAUCGAAUAGUUGUUUGUAACCUGUAUUAAAACAACCAGUUUUAACUCUUCUCUAUUUUGUUACUGUGGUCAUAUAUAUAUAAACCUGUUAAAUGAUGCAAUAAACACAUUUUCACUUUCUAACAGCUAUUUUGUUUAAAGUAAAUAUUUCAGUUAUUGACCUUGACUAAUUAUAACGUAUUUGAAUUUGAUUAUUAUUGUAAUAAUUAAUACCUAUUCAUCAAUUCUAUCUGAUGUACAACAGUAAAAUAUACAUGAUUAUCGACAUUUCGUGAUAACAUAAGAUAAAACGAAACGAUCAGUUAAUCUUAACUUGGGAGAGAAUUCAAUAAAGAUAAAAUGAAGUCGAUCGAAGUUAUUCUAAUACAUACAAUCAUCACCUUUCAAUUGCUUAUCAUCAAUGUGAAAACUGAUUCUACAUUGAGUUCAGGCACAACAAAAGGAGUUACUCAGGGUAAUACAGACAUUACUCAUAAGAGUUCAAUAACCUCAUCAACUGGACGAAUCGAAACAUCAGUAACAACAACAAUGACGUCAUACAAGCAGGUGUCUACUGAUAGUAAGACUGGUUCACAACCGGUUUCAACACAAGCAUUACUAACGUCUAUGAAGAUAAAUACAGUAUCAGAUGUUGCUUCGUCCACCCUGUCAAUCACGAUAACGUCAACAGAAGCGACUGAAGCAACUACUGUCACACCAAAACUAAAUACUUCCGCAGUCUUUGUUGGCAGAGUUUCAACAGUUUUUGAAGUUAAAGCAAUCAUGUAUAGUUUCGUAACGCAGAGCUAUCUUUCAUGGUCUGACAACUACAUUGAUACAAAGUCAAGUGCUUAUAGUGAAUUAUCUAGAAGCUACUGUGGUCUGAUUUUAGAUAGCCUUAUUGCUGGAAAUUCACGAAUUUUCCAAGGCUCAACAUGCACCUCAGUUAUAUUCAAACGUUUCUCUGUAAAUCUCCGGUCAAAGAGACAAGUUGACAGUGUAGUAUCAGAUGGAGUACAAGCGAGUGGAUCCAUUGAAUCAAAAACUUUGUCUGCUUCACAGCUGGACCAAUCACAAUUUUCAGAAGUACUAAUCACUGGUUACAAACAACUUAAUUUAUCAAGUGGUUAUAUUCUGAAUGGUAUUGAAUCAACACGUAUUUCACCAACUAUUACUUGUGAACAAACACAGUCAUUAUGUGGUCAGCAUGCAUCUUGUCGAAAUACUAAUAUAGGUGUCACUUGCAGCUGUGAUCCCAUGUGGAAAGAUUCAAAUCCAAAUGAUCCUGGAAAAGAGUGUACAAUGCACCCAGGUACCAUCGCUUUAAUAGUAUUCGCUGCAAUCUUAUUACUUCUAGCUGUCGCCACAAUAAUCUACUUUGUACUGCGUACAGAAUCAGUUAAAAAGUUGAGAGUGAAACGGACCAUGUGAAUGUUCGAAGGGAUAUUUUUGUGAUUUCUAUGGUUUGUUUGUGAACAAAAAUCAUCUUAAAUGUAUCAGUAAGAGAGAUGAGUAAUUCAAUGAAAAUACUAAUUAUAAAUUGGGAAACUUGUAAUAGAUUUUGAUGCGAAGAAAUAUUUUUAUGUCCUUAUCUUGUCUUUGAUACUAACCUGUUUCUCAAACAUUGACAUUUUUUCAUUCAAUAAUAAAACGUUAUUUAUAUCUCCAUUAAAGUUUAUUAAAAC